GACUUCCGGUUUUAUAUGAAGGGAUUUGUUUAUGCGGUGAGAACCGCUCGUGGGAACCGAUGGGGAAACGCGGGGUUUUUAGGUGCGUGGGAGAGAAGAGGCAGGGAUUCCCGUUCUUUGGAACUCAGGCCUUUAUCAUUAAAAGAAAAUAAGCGUAUUAAAUUGGGAAAGGAUUAUGACAAGGCUGUAUAUUGUCUCCCUGCUUAUUUAACUUAUAUGCAGAAUUCAUCAUGCGAAAGGCUGGGCUGGAUGAAUCCCAAACCGGAAUUAAGAUCGCCGGAAGAAAUAUCAACAACCUCAGAUAUGCAGAUGACACAAUCUUGAUGGCAGAAAGUGAGGAAUUAAAGAACCACUUAAUGAGAGUGAAAGAGGAGAGCGCCAAAUAUGGUCUGAAGCUCAACAUCAAAAAAACGAAGAUCACGGCCACUGGACCCAUCACCUCCUGGCAAAUAGAAGGGGAAGUAAUGGAGGCAGUGAGAGAUUUGACUUUCUUGGGCUCCAUGAUCACUGCAGAUGGUGACAGCAGUCACGAAAUUAAAAGACACCUGCUCCUUGGGAGAAAAGCAAUGACAAACCUAGACAGCAUCCUAAAAAGCAGAGACGUCACCUUGCCAACAAAGGUCCAUAUAGUUUAAGCUAUGGUUUUCCAGUAGUGAUGUAUGGAAGUGAGAGCGGGACCAUCACGAAGGCUGAUCACCGAAGAGUUGAUGCUUUUGAAUUCUGGUGCUGGAGGAGACUCUUGAGAGUCCCAUGGACUGCAAGAAGAUCAAACCUCUCCAUUCUGAAGGAAAUCAGCCCUGAGUGCUCACUGGAAGGACAGAUCCUGAAGCUGAGGCUCCAAUACUUUGGCCACCUCAUGAGAAGAGAAGACUCCCUGGAAAAGACCCUGAUGUUGGGGAAGAUGGAGGGCACAGGGAGAAAGGGGAUGACAGAGGACGAGAUGGUUGGACAGUGUCCUCGAAGCUACCAGCAUGAGUUUGACCAAACUGCAGGAGGCAGGGAAAGACAGGAGUGCCUGGCGUGCUCUGGUCCAUGGGGUCACGAAGAGUCGGACACGACUAAACGACUAAACAACAACAACAAUACAGUAGAUUUCUAUGGGCAGUCAUCAUUCCACUCCCAGAAAGUGAUAUAGGGUGUCCCGGAAGUUCUAUUAUCGAUGUGAAUCUCUGUUAUUAGAUUUAUGGUUCAUGUCCUGUGAGCUCUAUGGAAAGAGCAGCUCCCGUGAGCCGGAGCCCUUCCUCAGGGCCUUACCAUAGAGAGAGGGAGGCAUUCCCUAGCCAGACUGCAGGCAAUCCUGUGUGCAAUCCUAUGAGCAGGAAUGGGAGGGCCAGGUGCCCUGCAGAUAGGACUCCAUUUCCCAUCAGCCCCUGCCACCAGCAGCGUGGUCAAGGAUGAUGGGACUUGUAGUACUUCAGGAACACCUGGAGGAACCACAGCUUAUCCCCAUCAAUGCUAAACGCGCCUUACAUGUCCCAUUUAACCUAGAGCUUCCUUCUGAACCAUGUAGGACAAUGGUGCAUAACAGCGGGUUGGGCUAGAUGACCUUUGGGGGAUCCCAUUCCGACCCUUCUAAUUUACAAUUCUAACUGGAGUUGUUUUUUCCCUUGCUAGGAACCAUUGGCUUAGUAAGCAGGUUGUGCAGUUUGAGUGAAAGCCAUUUCUGGAGGUCAGAACUGCCCCAUCCCAGCGAUGUGCAGAAAUUCAAGAGGUGAAGCUUUUGCUGAGAUGCUUCACCUGGGCAGCCAUCACUUGCUGAAUCGCUGUUUCAGUUGCAGGGAUAGUAAAGCAGGAUGUUUCCCCCACCACUCAGGAUUACCCCCGCAGGUUAAUCUGCAGCUCUAAUAUAGUCUCACUACUUGGGAGUAAAGCCAUGCAGACUGACUUCUGUCAGGGAUUUCUCUAGCUGUGAUUCCUGUAUUGCAGGAGUUUGAACUAGAUGACCAUUUCCAAGGCUAGGGUGAUAUAAUACGAAUCCUUGUUUUCCUGGAACGUGAACUACACUUUAAUCUUUAACAUCACCCCCUUGAUAUUCUUCAGAAAGUCUCUUUUAAUUUAUAUUUAUCAGGCUCUGAUGACUCCAAACCAUAGCUGUCAAUUUUCCCCUUUUCUUGCGAGGAAUACUGUUCAGAAUAAGGGAAUUUCCCUUUUAAAAAGGACAACGUUGACAGCUAUGCGGAUGACUCCAAACCCUCAAUCUUUACAAAAAGGAAGUAAAUUAACCUCUCGCUGUUCUUUUCCCCCCUAUUAGGAACUUGUUGGUAGGAUCUCCCCCGCCCAAAAAAAAACAACACCAAUAUGGUGUUGGCAGCUGAUGGAUUCGAACCCUCCACCAAUGGCAUCAUGAAGAGCUUGGUCUCCUCCAAUGAGAGGAAGCUGGAGGGCGGGUUUUUCCCUUAUCAGCGAAUGUCAGCGUGAAGAGUGUUGCACAGCUGAUGCGCCCAGAGAGCGCUUGCAGGCCCUUGGCAGGCAGCUGUAGCGGCUCCCCCCCCCCCCCAAGCAAUGCUCCCCAUUUGGCCCAGAUGUUUGUGCAUCUUGCUCUGCUUCGGCCCCUUCGCUCACAGUGAGUAUCCCCUCGGCUUCCUAACCUGGGACUGGUGCAGUCAUUGGGGACGGAAGCUUCUGGCUGACAGCUGGCAUGGCAGAAACCCUGCCUUACCCCUCUCGCCCAGGCUGCAGAUGCUCAAAUCGACCUGAUCUUCCUUCGAUCUUCCUUCCUCUUUUCACAUUCAUGUGUUUGCCUUGUCUAGCCUUAGUGAGUUGCAUGGGUCAUUUUAUAAAGAGGUUCCUUUCUCAAGAUCUUGCAAUGCUUUUUAAUAAUAGGUAAUACAGUGGCACCUUGGGUUAAGUAUUUAAUUUGUUCCGGAGGUCCGUUCUUAACCUGAAGCACCACUUCAGCUAAUGGGGCCUCCUGCUGCUGCCGCGCCCCUGGAGCACAAUUUCUGUUCUCAUCCUGAAGCAAAGUUCUUAACCCGAGGUACUAUUUCUGGGUUAGCGGAGUCUGUAACCUAAAGCGUCUGUAACCUGAAGCGUAUGUAACCUGAGGUACCACUGUAAUAAUAAUAAUAAUUUAUUAUUUGUACCCUGCCCAUCUGGCUGGGUUUCCCCAGCCACUCUGGGCGGCUUCCAACAAAGAUUAAAAAUACAUUAAAAUGUCACACAUUAAAAACUUCCCUAAACAGGGCUGCCUUCAGAUGUCUUCUAAAAGUCGGAUACAGUGGUACCUCGGGUUAAGUACUUAAUUCAUUCCGGUCCGUUCUUAACCUGAAACUGUUCUUAACCUGGAGCACCACUUUAGCUAAUGGGGCCUCCUGCUGCUGCCAUGCCGCCGAAGCACAAUUUCUGUUCUCAUCCUGAAGCAAAGUUCUCAACCCGAGGUACUAUUUCUGGGUUAGCGGAGUCUGUAACCUGAAGCGUCUGUAACCUGAAGCGUAUAUAACCUGAAGUGUAUGUAACCCGAGGUACCACUGUAGUUGUUUAUCUCUUUGACAUCUGAUGGGAGGGCGUUCCACAGAGCAGGUGCCACCACCGAGAAGCCCCUCUGCCUGGUUCCCUGUAACCUCACUUCUCACAGGGAGGGAACCGCCAGAAGGCCCUCAGAGGUGGACCUCAGUGUCCGGGUAGAACGAUGGGGGUGGAGAUGCUCCUUCAGGUAUACUGGGCUGAGGCUCUCCCUUCCUGCAGUUUCCAGCAACGGAUAUUGAUAAGCGUUGCUGCCUCCAGCUGUGACCCCGUCCAUUUAAAAGCACAUUCUCUCCCCACCCACCCAAAGGAUCCUCAGAACAGUAAUUUUCUUAUGGGUGCUGGGAAUUGUAGUUCUGUGGGGUAAACUAUAGUUCCCGAGAUUUUGACGGUGAGUUUUGGGGAGGAUCCAAACGAUGGAUUCAAAUUGCAAAAGGGAAAUUCCAACAUUAGGAAGAACUUUCUGGCAGUAAGAGCUGUUCAACAGUGGGACAGACGUCCUCAAAAGGUGACAGACUAUCGGUCAGGGAUAGGUUGUCAUUGGCAAGACACCGGUUUCCAGAGCGGCCCACGUGCUUCUUGCAACUGCUCCAGAGUAUAUGGUGUGUGGGCUUUGCAAUCUCAAGCCUAUUUAUAAUCCCUUGCUCCCCCCCCCCCACGCCUCCUAUUUGCAGCGUGGCAACAGCCGGUUGCAUGGAAUGCGGCCAGGCAAAUUGUUUCCAUUCUUCCUCUUCCUCUCGCAGUUAUGGGCCGGCUUGAAAAACGUGGUCUCCCAGGAUUGGCAUAGAACAUUCCAGGGGGCCGAAAAUGGAGGUGGUUAUAUAUUCAGAUAUCAACUCCCCUCUUUUUUCCUCCAAUAAUCAUCCUAUUCAGUGUUUCUCCUAUAGAAGCGUGAAGCACCAGGGAACUAUGCUUCCUGUCCCCAGACCCUUCCUUGAUUUCCAAAGCUGCUCUGAGAUUCCCUUCGCAAUCCCACAGACCCACAAAAUCCCAGCCACUGUCAUAAAUUUGUCUUGGUUGGCAGCUUCAGGUUGGCGUUUCUGCCGGAGGUGGCAUUCAGCUAAUUUCCUUUCGGGUUUGGACCCUGGAAUGCAAUUGUGGAUAGGGCGAUUGUGCUGGAGAAAACUGGAUAUGCCUGCCACCUGAUAACAUUUUUUAAAAAACCCUUCCAGUUUAAUUAGUUUAGCCUUUGCCAGCCUGGUGCCCUGCAGGUGUGUUGGACUACAAAUCCCAUCAGCCACAGCCAGCUGAUGGGAUUUGUAGUCCAAAACAACUGAAGGGCACCAGGCUGGCCAAGGCUGAGUUACUGCAUGUUUAAAAGGGUUUAAGGUCAGUGAGAAAGAGGAGGAUUGGUUUGAGAAGAUACUGAAUUAUUUGGGUAGGUUUGAACAAUUUGGGGCAAUUAAAAUGUUAAAAGUUAAAUAAACCUUGUGGAUGGAGGAGUGUUAACGUAUAUAAAAUUGUACAUAUGGUUGAUUUGAAUAUGUUAUUAUUGAUUAUGUGUACCCAAUGUAUCAGCCGCCUAGGGGGUUUCACUGUUUGUAUUUGGUUGUUGGUAAAAAAUAAUAAUAAACUAAAAAAAUGCACUUAAGAUGCGACUGUGCUGUAAUGAAAAUAGUCAGUGUAUCCCAGUGCUCCCUUCAUCUCUGUUUUCUUCGAGACUCUUUUGGCACAAUCUGCCCCAAGAGUUCAUGCUCUCUUUCUCUCUUGGCACUGCAGGCUUACGUAUCCAGGAAUACCUCUACUUCCAGGUAUUGAGCCCUGGCGAUAUCCGCUACAUCUUCACUGCCACCCCGGCCAAGGAUUUCGGAGGGGUGUUUGUAAGUAUGAGAGCCAAGCUCCCGUCCCCUCCCAGCGAUGCCCAACAUCAUUUUAUUUUUUUACUUUUAUUAAUCACAUUUAUAUACCGCCUUUAUCUUCCAGGGAUCUCAAGGUGGUGUAUAUGGCUCUCCUCCUCCUCCUCCUCCUCCUCCCCCUCCCCAUUUCAUCCUCACAACAACCUUGUGAGGUAGGGCUAGGCUAAGAGAUGGUGACCGACUCCAAGGUCACCCAGUGAGCUUCAUGGCCGGGUGGGGAUUCGAACCCUGCUCUCCCAGGUCUGAGUCCAGCGCUCUAACCACUACGCCACACUGACUGCAAAACAGUCUUCAUUUUUUGGAGGGAGGGUUUAAAAUGUAACUGAAGCGUUCCCAAAGCCAGGAAGGAUUGGACUCUGAUUAAUAAAAUACAGACGAGGCUUGACCAGCAAGACUCUGGGAGGGCUGCCAAUAAUAAUUCCCUCCACCCCUUGGCCCAGGUCGUUUUAUUCACAAAAGAACUUUUUACAGUAUUCGUAAGAACCAAUCAGAUUUCCUCUGAGCAUUUUAAAAACCCCACGUGGGACAAAGUCAGAUCAGAAGAAAUUCUUUUAACUACAAAGAAACUAUUUCCUACUUGAGCAUGCAUAUGUAGUUCAGAGUAAAUAAAAUAGGAAUAAAAGGAGGAAUGCAGUCAGCAAAACCCCAGAGGUCAUAAUCAGGAAUAAACAGGAGAGGCGAGAUGGCAGUAUUUACCAACUCCUUGUGAACUCUCUUCCUGGCCUUUAAGAUCUAUCUAAUUAACAAACUACAUCAAAGUAACCUGCUAUCUUUAUGGACUGAGGAUGCCCGGUGAAGCAACUAGCCUGUGUUUCAGAAUGCUUAGACGUGCCUGUCAGGCGUAGAGAAAGCAAAUGGCAAAGGUGCAGAGGCUUGUGGGAUUCGAUCAGAAAUUAUUGUCAAUGAAUCAAACUCGGUCAACACAAUGCUUUCAUUGCUGACACAAUGGCUUGCUUCAUAUUUCAUAAUUCCUCAUAGCAAUCCCACCUGACCCACACAGUAACAGAGAGGAUAACAAAUUUAUUAGGACGCAAGCUUCCAUUAAAAAUAGCUCAUUUCAUCCAAUACUUGAAGUGUUAUCCUGAGUCACUGGUACAUUUUCACAUGGUUGGAUGUGUGUGAGAUGAGUCAUAAGCUAAUAAUGGCGAAAAUUGCUUUUAAAAAGAGGGAUAAUUUGCAAAAACAGAAACAACACACUAGUAGCUGAUAACACAGACGUCCUGGCAUUGAUAUGCUAGUUCACCACUGUGCUACACUGGCUUCUCAUGGCGCCAGAAGGAGAAAGCAAGAAGCCCUGGCGCUUCUAUCUGAGAUAUUCAGCAAGUUUUAAUUUUGCUCUGCUUUCUUUCUGCCUCUCUUUCGCCUGCCCAAGAACACGAGAUACCAGCAGAUCUACCUAGUCCCAGCAGACCCUCCGGAGGCUUGCGGGGCUCUGAACAACGGGGUCUUCAUCGAAGGCCAGAUCGCCUUGGUGGAGCGCGGGUGAGUUUCCUCGCAUGGGAAGAGGGCCGGGCUGUUUUCAAGGGCUACGUUUUUAAUUCAUGGGAUUGCUUUCAUAUGCAUUUUGAUUAACCUUCCCGUGAGUCGCUUGUUCGCCCGCGCACUUUUUGACGCAUUUCCCUGUCUCUUUCCAAAAGUCUGUGCACAAAGCCCUUAGCAACUCAGGACCCAGUUGGCCUGCCGUAGGCCCUAACUGGUGACACCAGUCACGAAAUUAAAAGACGCCUGCUUCUUGGGAGAAAAGCAAUGGCAAACCUAGGCAGCAUCUUAAAAAGCAGUGACAUCACCUUUUGAAUUAUGGUGCUGGAGGAGACUCUUGAGAGUCCCAUGGACUGCAAGAAGAUCCAACUUAUCCAUUCUUAAGGAAAUCAGCCCUGAGUGCUCACUGGAAGGACAGAUCCUGAAGCUGAGGCUCCAAGACUUCGGCCACCUCAUCAGAAGAGAGGGCUCCCUGAUGUUGGGAAAGUCCAUGGGAGUCUCAAGAGUCUCCUCCAGUACCAUAAUUCAAAAGCAUCUUCGGCGAUCAGCCUUCUUUAUGGUCCAGCUCUCACUUCCAUACAUCACUACUGGGAAAACCAUAGCUUUAACUAUAUGGGCCUUUGUUGGCAAGAUGAUGUCUCUGCUUUUUAAGCUGCUGUCUAGGUUUGUCAUUGCUUUUCUCCCAAGAAGCAGGCGUCUUUUAAUUUCGUGGCUGCUGUCACCAUCUGCAGUGAUCAUGGAGCCCAAGAAAGUAAAACCUCUCACUGCCUCCAUUUCUUCCCCUUCUAUUUGCCAGGAGGUGAUGAGCCCAGUGGCCAUGAUCUUCAUUUUUUUGAUGUUGAGCUUCAGACCAUAUUUUGCGCUCUCCUCUUUCACCCAAUGAUGAUGAUAGCAAUAGCAAUAGUACCCCUCCCAUCUUACUGGGUUUCCCCAGCCGCUCAGGGCGGCUUCAGUUAUAAAAACAUAAUAAAGCGCCAUACACUCCAAACUUCCCUAUACAGGGAACAAUACCUGUCUAGUUUGGAUCUGAGUGUCUUUGGGGGCGCAGGACUCAAAACUCUCUUGCCGCCUUUCCGGCAGGGGCUGCUCAUUCCUGUCCAAGACUCGCAUCGUACAGGAACUCGGCGGCCGUGCGGUGAUCAUCGCGGACAACGCCUAUGACAAUGACAGCUCCUACGUGGAGAUGAUCCAGGACAGCACCAGGCGGACGGCAGACAUCCCUGCCCUCUUCCUGCUCGGGAGGGACGGGUAAGUGGCUUUGAGCUGGCGUAAGCAGAGGCUUCCAAGAUCAGGCAAAAUCCCCUCCGUGGCUGGAUCUACACUCACCUUUUAAACGUUAUUAGAACGAUAUCGGAAAUAUCGUUCUAAAACGUCAAGACAAUAAAGGUCCCUUUUGCUUUCUUUCCCCACCGUCUUCCUGGUUUCUGGUUGCUCUCGUGUCACAUUUUAAUUACGCACCGUGGACAUUAAAACGUAACGCCACGUGGCGAUAUGGUUAACAGAAUCUUCCUUUGACUUUUUCUUAGCGUUAAAAACCAUGAGUGUAGAUCUGCCCUGCGUCUUGGAAAAAUAGAAGACAAUCUUGGAAAUGAAACAAAAUAAAAAAAUUCCUUCCAGUAGCACCUUAGAAAGGUAAAGGGACCCCUGACCAUUAGGUGCAGUCGUGACUGACUCUGGGGUUGCGGCGCUCAUCUCGUUUUAUUGGCCGAGGGAGCCGGCGUACAGCUUCCAGGUCAUGCGGCCAGCAUGACUAAGCCGCUUCUGGCGAACCAGAGCAGCGCACGGAAACGCCAUUUACCUUCCCGCUGGAGCGGUACCUAUUUAUCUACUUGCACUUUGACGUGCUUUUGAACUGCUAGGUUGGCAGGAGCAGGGACCGAGCAAUGGGAGCUCACCCCGUCGCGGGGAUUCAAACCGCUGACCUUCUGAUCAGCAAGUCCUAGGCUCUGUGGUUUAACCCACAGCGCCACCCGCGUCCCAGUAGCACCUUAGAGACCAACUAAGUUUGUUAUUAGUAUGAGCUUUCGUGUGCAUGCACACUUCUUCAGAUGUGAAAGCACACGAAAGCUCAUACCGAUAACAAACUUAGUUGGUCUCUAAGGUGCUAAUGGAAGGAAUUUUAUAAUUUUGUUUCGACUACAGCAGACCAACAUGGCUACCUACCUGUAACUAGAUUCUUGGAAAUGGUAAAGAAAUGGGGGGUUUUAUCAGUGCUGGCUCUGUUGGAGGGAAUCGCCCGUUGAGUACCUGUUUGCUGGAAAUCACAAGUGGAGAGAGAGGACGGUUGAGCUCAGGUCCUGUUACUGGCUUCCUGUAGACACCUGGUCAGUUACUGUAAGAAACAGGAAGCUGGACAGAUGUAGCCAGACCAGUUAUGUGGCUUCCCUUAAGUGCAUAGUAUUAAAUUUGAGUGCAGUAACUAUUGGGUUAUGGUUAUGAUAUAAAAAGAGUGAAGAUUGGGUGCAGCAAUGAGAUUUAAAAAAGAAAGCCACAGAAAAGGGGAUGAGAAGUCGAUAAAACAGAAGAAACAUUGGGAUUUUAUGUGAAAUUUGUGGAAAGUUUAAUAAACUAUAUUAUAAGAAAUAAAUAAAUUUGAGUGCAGAGAGCUGGUGUGCAAAUCUGCUGGCAGCAGUAACAACCCUUGCAACAACAACAACAAAAUCUAACAAUGGGAGAAUGGAGGAGAGCUUGCCAAACUUUAGGAAUGCAGAAAUUUACCCGUUUUAAAAGUGCAUUGGCACACAGAAGCAGCAAAACCAGUUCCUUUUUUAAAAAUGGAAAACUGAGUGAGUAGUUGGCAGGUUCCGGAACAGGAUCAAAGCUCUGGAAAACAUCAGCCCAAAACUCCUGAGAGAUGUGGAGAUAGAACACGUUUGUUUAUGUCACGAGUCCGACUUGGAAUAAGGACGCUUGCUGGGGAUACCUGGAACGGAGUAGGCCAAAAGGGAAAUUGCAGGCCACUUGGAGACGGCUGGCCACUUUAGUGUGGCCCCUCAAGUUUCCACCAGACUCCUGCAAACAUUGGUCGGACCUUGACAGGCUGCUGGGAUCCUGGCUGGUUGGUUGGUUUGGAAAAAUGUAGAUGGGGCAAAGGCAAACCCAUCGCUGAUCCAGAAUAGAAAUUGAUCAGCUGUACUGCGCUAUGGAGGACAGGGGUGGCGCUGUGGGUUAAACCACAGAGCCUAGGACUUGCCGAUCAGAAGGUCAGUGGUUUGAAUCCCCGCGACGGGGUGAGCUCCCGUUGCUUGGUCCCUGCUCCUGCCAACCUAGCAGUUCGAAAGCACGUCAAAGUGCAAGUAGAUAAAUAGGCACUGCUCCAGCGGGACCAGAUUGGGACAGACAGAAGUACUGUUUUGGGGCGACAGGAGGCGGGCAGAUGUAGAGGACUCCCUGGUCCUGAAUGGGGCAACUGUGCCCCUGGACUCACAGCUGUCCAUGGAGGCGCAAGUUAAUUCUGUGUCCAGGGCAGCUGUUUACCAGCUCCAUCUGGUACGCAGGCUGAGACCUUCCCUGCCAACGGACUGUCUCACCAGAGUGGUUCAUGCUCUGGUUAUCUCCCGCUUGGACUGCAAUGCGCUCUACGUGGGGCUACCUUUGAAGGGGCCCUGGAAACUACAACUAAUCCAGAAUGCGGCAGCCAGACUGGUGACUGUGAGUGGCCACCCAGACCACAUAACACCGGUCUUGAAAGACCUACAUUCGCUCCCAGUACGUUUCUGAGCACAAUUCAAAGUGUUCGUGCUGACCUUUAAAGCCCUAAACGGCCUCGGUCCAGUAUACCUGAAGGAGCGUCUCCACCCCCAUUGUUCUACCCGGACACUGAGGUCCAGUGCCGAGGGCCUUCUGGCGGUUCCCUCCCUGUGAGAAGUGAGGUUACAGGGAACCAGGCAGAGGGCCUUCUCGGUGGUGGCGCCUGCCCUGUGGAAUGCCCUCCCAUCAGAUGUCAAGGAAAUAAACAACUACCAGACUUUUAGAAGACAUCUGAAGGCAGCCCUGUUUAGGGAAGCUUUUAAUGUUUAAUAGGUUAUUGUAUUUUAAUAUUCUGUGGGAAGCUGCCCAGAGUGGCUGGAGAAACCCAGCCAGAUGGGCGGGGUAUAAAUAAUAAAUUAUUAUUAUUAUUAUAAUCCCGCAAGCAGGAUUCGAACACAAGAGCCCUCUCCCCUCCUGUGGUUACCAGCAACUGGGAUUCAGAAUCAUCGCUGCCUCCGACUGUGACAGGGAGUUCCGUAGUUUAACUAUGCGGUGUGUCCACCGGCCAAAGUCACUAUGGCUUUGCCCCCCUCUUUCCAGGUACAUGAUCCGCCGAUCCUUGGAGCAGCACGGCCUCCCCUGGGCAGUCAUCUCCAUCCCCGUAAACGUCACCAGCAUCUCAACCUACGAACUGAUGCAGCCUCCGUGGACCUUUUGGUAGCAGAGAGCAAGCAGGGCAAAGGAUGCUGGCGAGGACGGACCACAGACUGGCCGGCUGGCCUUUCCGAAAGGAGCUGCGAUGGGGCUUUACGAACUAGAAACCUCCUGGAUGUUCCAGCAUCUUGCCUCUUUCAAGAAUUGGAGCCACCGUUUUUGGGUGGCUUUCGUAGGUCAAAGGAGCUGCCCGCAGCGACUCAGCCCUAUGGGCUACGUACUAAGCGUGGCACUGGCUUCCCCGUCUGGCGCAAAUCUCCAGGGGCCCAGCCACAAGUCAGUCCUGGACCCGUGGGCACCAGGUACCACCAGUGGACUGUUCCAGCAAAAUAUACCUUCGAAAUCCUGUGAUUCAGCAGAGGCAGUUUGCUCUUUCUUGUGCUGUUCCCACUGGGCUCAGGAUUGUGCCCCCAUUUCACUGGCUGCCUGGAUGGAGCACCUGCUUGGAAAAGAGAGGCAGAGUGCGUCUCUCUUGGAGGACUGGGGCUGUGGAUGAUUUAGAAUACCUUUUUCUAUCCAUGGGGAAGCAUCCCUACAGCAGUUUUGCAGCCCUGCUUCUUGUUCCGUUUUUGUUUUUUGUUUGGCUAUGCCACAGCCUUCCACAGCACCCUCUCGGAAUUUCGAAUGUGCCCAUUGGCAAACUCUGUUUAAACUGGGGGAGGGAGUAGCUGAUGCGGAGACCUCUGGGACGCAAAUCAUGUGUGGCUGCCGGGAGCUGCCAGCGUGGUGCCCCCAGGCACACAGCUGCCCCACACCAAGCCCCCCUUCCCCAAUAAAAUAGGUUGUGGGGUUUUGUGUGCAUUUUAUGCAUAGUAGUCUUCCUGCUUUGCAAACUGCACCCAAGGGGUCAACAAGUUUGGCACCUCUUGCUGGUAAGUGCUGGUUGGCUCACGGCCUUCUCCAAACCUUAUUUCUAGCACAUUUGAGUACAGUCAUACCUAAUGUUGCAUCCACUUCAGGUUGCGGACUGCCAAAACCCGGAAGUACCAGAAUGGGUUACUUCCGGGUUUUGGCAGUCGCGCAUGCGCAGAAGCGUUGAAUCGCAACCCACAUGGGUUGCGAACGUGCAUCCCGCACGGAUCACGUUCGCAACCCGAGUGUCCACUGUGCCUUGGUUCUCGAACAGAAUGCGUUCCAGGAGUCCAUUCGACUGCCGAAACCGUUUAAAAACCAAAGCAUGGCUUCUGAUUGGCUACAGGAGCAUCGUGCAGCCAAUUGGAAGCCGUGCCAGACAUUUGGCUUCCGAAAACCAUUAAAAAACCGAACCCUCACUUCUGGUUUUCGAUCAUUCAGGAGCCAAGAGUUCCAAGGCGUUCAGCAACCAAGGUACGACUUUAGUCCUUUCACGGAAGAAAAAAAGAGGCGCUCAGACCCUCCUGAAAUAAAUCUAAGAUGAAAGGAAAGCAGAAUUCGCCUCCAAAAUUUCCCCAAAGAAACAAAAAGCACAACCUCUAUCCCUGCAAAAGUAGGCAGAGUGCACUCUCUACCCUGGUGCACAGAAGCAUUUGGAUGAAAUAGAGGAUGGGUAGGCAAACUAAGGCUCAGGGGUCGGAUCCAGCCCAAUCACCUUCUAAAUCUGGCCCGCAGACGGUCUGGGAAUCAGCGUGUUUUUACAUGAGUAGAAUGUGUGCUUUUAUUUAAAAUGCAUCUCUGGGUUAUUUGUGGGGCAUAGUAAUUCGUUCAUUCCCUCCCCCCCCCCAAAUAUAGUCUGGCCCCCCCACAAGGUCUGAGGGACAGUGGACCAGCCCCCUGCUGAAAAGGUUUGCUGACCCCUGAAAUAGAAGAUGACUGGAUGGCUGGGUUUUGCAUUCUUGCCACUUCUGGCUGCAGAAAGAAAUCCCUCAAAUUUAAAGUAAAUAAAUGGGAAGAGGAGGAGGAGGGUCUCCGCAGCUGACAAGGGGUGGUGGUCAUAGAAUCUUAAUGGGAAGGGACCCCAUCAGGUCGUCUAGUCCAACCCCGCUGCUCUGGUGUCCUCACAGUGAUGUCUGAGGACACCAUGUUAUCAAAUCCGAGAGAAUAAUAGCAAGAAAGAUUUGGGAAAUGAUAUUGGCUCCACCACAUCAAGAAGUGAGUGAAGGACCUGAGCAGAGACCAGUUGCCAGCUGAUCACCCUGAGUUAAGGGCUAUUGGAGAGGACACGGCGAUAAUAAUGUGCUGGAUCUAAGCAGCUAUAGGGCCUGUUGGGAGUCAUGAAACUUUUCAUAAAGCUCCUGACAAAGGAGACUUCCCUGAAACGCGACAAGCUAUGGUUUGUAACCAGAUGUGCCAGAGCUUGCCUCCUUUUCUCCCUCACUGAGGACUAGAAACUUGGUUUUGAAAAGAAACGAAAAUCGGGACACACCAGAAUUGUCACGUCCUAUCGUGGGUGGCGCUGUGGGUUAAACCACAGAGCCUAGGGCUUGCUGAUCAGAAGGUCGGCGGUUUGAAUUCCCGCGAUGGGGUGAGCUCCCGUUGCUCGGUCCCUGCUCCUGCCAACCUAGCAGUUCGAAAGCACGUCGAAUGCAAGUAGAUAAAUAGGUACCACUCCAGCGGGAAGGUAAACAGCGUUUCCGUGCGCUGCUCUGGUUCACCAGAAGUGGCUUAGUCAUGCUGGCCACAUGACCCGGAAGCUGUACACUGGCUCCCUCGGCCAGUAAAGCGAGAUGAGCGCUGCAACCCCAGAGUCGGAAACGACUGGACCUAAUGGUCAGGGGUCCCUUUACCUUUUAUGAAAUCACAGCGCCCCACAAAUCAUAUGAUCCAUCGCUCCCACAAACCUGCUUCAUGGGUCUCAGUUUACCCCAGGUAGACUCACAGAAUAAGAGAAUUAAAAGAGCCCAUGAGGGUCAUCUAGUCCAACCCCCUUGCAGUGCAGGAAUCUUUUGUCCAACGUGGGGUUCAAACCCACGACUCUGAGAUAAAGUGUCUCAGGCUGUACUCACUGAGCUAUCCCAGGGGAUAAACUCUGCCCCACCUACAACACACAAAAAAAACCCCUUGCAAAACUAGCUUCUUAUUGCUCUGUUAAAACAGCAAAGAACUAUUCCCGCAUUGCCAGGGGUUGGACUAGAUGACCCUUGGGUCCCUCCCAACUCUAAAACUCUACGAUUAUUUUCCAGACUGAACAUACCCAGCUCCUUCAACCAUUCCUCAUACGGCUUGGCUCCCAGACCCUUGAUCAUCUUGGUCACCUUCCUCUGCACAUUUUCCAGCUUGUCAACAUCCUUUCUAAAUUGCGGUGCCCAGAACAUAAAAUUGUGCAGCCCUGUUUAGGGAAGUUUUUAAUGACUGAUGUUUUAAUGUAUUUUUAAUCUUUUGUUGGAAGCUGCCCACAGUGGCUGGGGAAACCCAGCCAGAUGGGUGGGGUAGAAAUAAUAAAUAUUAUUAAUAAUAAUAAUAACUGGACACUGUAUUCCAGGUGUGGUCUGACCAAGGCAGAAUGGAGCGGUACUAUUCCUUCCCUUGAUCUGGACACUAGACUUCUGUUGAUUAAGCCUGGAAUAACAUUAGCUUUUUCUGCUGUUACAUCACCCUGUUGACUCAUGUUCAGCCUGUGGUCCACUAUGACCCCUAGAUCCUUUUCAUAUUUUACCACUGGCAAGCCAGGUGUCCCCCAUCUUAUAAUUGCGCAACUGGUUCUUCCCAGCUAAGUGAAGAACGUGACAUUUGCCCCUGU